AUGACAUCGAUCACCACCGUCGCCGUCGAGAGCAGUACCGGCGGUCGCGGUCGCGGUCGCGGACGUGGACGUGGACGUGGACGCGGCGGAGGACGCGGUCGUGGUGCAGGCCGAGGACGAGCUACACCCGCCGCUAUCACCAAGCUGGACACCAAGUCUGACCCGGACUCGGACACGGCCGAGGAGGGGUCGACCAAGAAGAGCGACCAUCCUCCCGCAGCAGCCGCAUCCGCGACGUCGUCGCAAGGCAGGAAGAAGCGGACCUGCACGCGACGCGCUGAGAAGGUUCCUUGGUCUGUCGAGGAGCUCAGUGUCCUUCUCAACGCCAUGUUUGACUUGGCGCAGCGGAGCAGCUCCGAGAUCUGCAAGAUGCCCGGUCUCGAACAGAGGAACUCAUCGAGAGUAAACAACAAGUUGGCUGGCCUCAAGCUCAAGUUCGUCAAGGAGCUGUGCGGCGGCUCCAAGGACUUGGUCGGCGCCACGAGGCAGGGAGGCAACAAGAGGGCCCGCGUUGACUCGCCGUGCACCAAGGCCGAGACCGAAGCGGUCGUCGAUCUGGCCGUCGAGGAGGAACACGAAGAAGAUGAGCUGAUCGAUGACGAAGAUGACGAUGCCAAGUGA